AUGGCUACGGACGGACGUACAAAACGGUCACAAUCCAUCUGCGCGCCCGCUUCCGCGAGCAUGGAAGCGCUGGCUGCGCCGAUAGAAACCACGCCGGCCCCUCGCAGACGACCGGCAGCCAGGUCCCAAUCCGCCAGGAUCACAGGCGGUCGCUCCGUGAGGCACAGGAGGCAGCAGCAGCAACAGCAACUAGACCGAGACACGAGGGCUAGGUACAGCUCGGAACCGCGCCUGGCUGAAGCGGAAACACCGCCGCAAGUUCGUAGGCAGGCGUCCGCGAGGCGUAGGCCACCGGCCGGUCAGCAUAGCCAGCCGAGGCGGUCCAACGCCUUCUUAGACGUGCCCAAAGCCCACCAGCCAGAAGAGGAGCCCGACGAGGACUCGUACAGGCUACGCACGUUCAACGUCACACAAAAAGGAGGUCAGUGCCACGUUCAUUCACCCUGCUCUAUAUUUAAAUGGACUUUUUCGAACUGA